CGCAGUGACGGCGGGCGCAGUCGGAAGCCCGGCGGGGACCGCGGGGGGACCGCGGGGGACGGCUGCCCCUCUUGCCCGCAGCGCGGACCCCGCAGUGGUCCGCCGCCGGGGCUCGGGCCGCCCCGGCCAGGGAUGGCGGCGGCGGCCGAGCCCGGGGCCCGUGCCUGGCUUGGCGGCGGCUCCCCGCUCCCCGGCAGCCCGACCUCCAGCCCGGACCUGGGCGCCGGAAGCCGCUCGCGGUCGGGGCCGGGGUCGGGGCCGGAGCGGGCGGGCGCCAGGUCCCCGGGCUCCGCCGCACCCGGUCACAGCUUCAGGAAGGUGACGCUCACCAAGCCCACCUUCUGCCACCUCUGCUCCGAUUUCAUCUGGGGGCUGGCCGGCAUCCUGUGUGACGGACAGGGGCCAACUCACGGGGCUCUCAUUCCCGUAGUCUGCAACUUCAUGUCCCACGAGAAGUGCCUGAAACACGUGAAGACCCCAUGCACGAGCGUGGCACCCAGCCUGGUCCGAGUCCCUGUGGCCCACUGCUUCGGCCCUCGGGGGCACUACAAGCGCAAGUUCUGCGCGGUGUGCCGGAAGGGCCUGGAGGCGCCGGGGCUUCGAUGUGAAGUGUGUGAGCUGCACGUUCACCCCGACUGUGUGCCCUUCGCCUGCAGCGACUGCCGCCAGUGCCACCAGGACGGGCACCGGGACCACGACGCGCACCUCCACCACUGGCGGGAGGGGAACCUGCCCUCGGGCGCGCGCUGCGAGCUCUGCCGAAAGACGUGCGGCUCGUCCGACGUGCUGGCCGGCGUGCGCUGCGAGUGGUGCGGCGUCCAGGCCCACUCGGUCUGCUCCGCGGCGCUAGCCCCCGAGUGCACUUUCGGGCGCCUGCGCACCAUGCUCCUGCCCCCGGCGUGCGUGCGUCUGCUGUCCCGCAACUUCAGCAAGAUGCACUGCUUUCGGAUCUCCGAGAGCGCGGCCCCGGAGCCGGGGGAGGGAGACGACAGCAUGGACGGAAGCGGCCUCGCCGGCCCAGGUAGAGAGGUGGUGGCGCCGGAGUCUAGCAAGCAGACUCUCAAGGUCUUUGAUGGCAAUGACGCAGUGCAGCGAAACCACUUCCGUGCCAUCACCGUACCCCGCCUGGCCAGGAGCCAGGAGGUGCUGGAGGCAGCGCUGCGGGCCUACUACAUCACGGAGGACCCUCAGGGCUUCCAGCUGCAGGCGCUCCCCCCAGCCGCUCAGGCUGGUGACCCCGGGGCCCCGGGAAAGGUCUGGAGUGGUGGGGCCACGGAGGAGGAGGAGGAGGAGGGCAGCAGCGGCCAGGGGGCCCGAGACGGCCCUUGCAUCCCCCGCGCUCCUGAGGCCUGGAUCAUCCGUGCUCUGCCCCGCGCCCGGGAGGUCCUGAAGAUCUACCCCGCUUGGCUCAAGGUGGGUGUGGCCUACGUGUCCAUCCAUGUGACCCCGCAGAGCACUGCCCGGACCGUGGUUCUGGAGGUCCUCCCGCUGCUCGGACGCCAGGCCGAGGGGCUGGAGAGCUUCCAGCUGGUGGAGGUGCUCAUGGGCAGCAGACAAGUCCAGCGCACGGUGUUGGCGGACGAGGAGCCCUUGCUUGGCCGGCUUUGUGAGAUCCGGCAGACAUCCCUGCGGCAGAUGAGCCAGACGCGGUUCUACGUGGCUGAGAGCAGAGUGGCGGCCCCACGUGUCUCUCUGUUCGUGGGUGGUCUGCCCCCGGGCCUGUCCCCCCAGGAGUAUAGCCGUCUCCUGGAUGAGGCUGUGGCCAGCAAAGCUGGCCUGGUGUCUGUGAGCCACGUCUACUCCGCACAAGGUGCCGUGGUGCUGGACGUGGCCUGCUUCGCGGAGGCCGAGCGGCUGUACAUGCUGGUCAGGGACACGGCUGUGCAGGGCCGGCCGCUGACCGCCCUGGUGCUCCCGGAGGUGCUGCACACGAAGCUGCCCCCAGACUGCCACCCCCUGCUCGUGUUUGUGAACCCUAGAAGUGGAGGCCUCAAGGGCCGUGACCUGCUCUGCAGUUUUCGGAAGCUGCUCAACCCCCACCAGGUCUUUGAGCUGACCCACGGGGGACCGCUGCCCGGGUUCCACGUGUUCUCCCAGGUGCCCUGCUUCCGGGUGCUCGUGUGUGGCGGGGACGGCACUGUGGGCUGGGUGCUUGGCGCCCUGGAGGACAUGCGGCACCGUCUGGCCUGUCCAGAGCCUGCUGUGGCCAUCCUGCCCCUGGGCACAGGGAAUGACCUGGGCCGGGUCCUCCGCUGGGGGGCAGGCUACAGUGGCGAGGACCCGUUCUCCGUGCUCGUGUCGGUGGACGAGGCGGACGCUGUGCUCGUGGACCGCUGGACCAUCCUGCUGGACGCUCAUGAGGCCUGCGGUGGGGAGAGCAGCCUGGCGGAGGCAGAGCCCCCCAAGAUCGUGCAGAUGAGCAACUACUGUGGGAUCGGCAUCGACGCAGAGCUGAGCCUGGACUUCCACCAGGCGCGGGAGGAAGAGCCCGGCAAGUUCACGAGCAGGCUCCACAACAAGGGCGUGUACGUGCGGGUCGGGCUGCAGAAGCUCAGCCACUCCCGCGGCCUGCACAGGGCGCUCCGGCUGCAGGUGGAGCAGCGGGAGGUGGAGCUGCCCAGCAUCGAGGGGCUCAUCUUCAUCAACAUCGCCAGCUGGGGCUCAGGGGCCGACCUGUGGGGCUCCGACAGCGACUCGAGGUUCGAGAAGCCACGCAUGGACGAUGGGCUGCUGGAGGUGGUGGGGGUGACGGGCGUUGUGCACAUGGGUCAGGUCCAGGGUGGGCUGCGCUCUGGCAUCCGCAUUGCCCAGGGAUCCUACUUCCGUGUCACCCUCCUGAAGGCCACACCUGUGCAGGUGGACGGGGAGCCCUGGGUCCAGGCUCCCGGGCACAUGAUCAUCUCGGCCGCAGGCCCAAAGGUCCACAUGCUCAGGAAGGCCAAGCAGAAGCCCAGGAAGGCGGGGACCCCCAAGGAUGUGAGAGCAGACGGGGUGCCCGCCCCGGAGGGGGACUCCAAGUAGAGGCGGAUUCCAGAACAGCGCUCGCUGGUGGAUGGACUCGCCCACAGCCCUGACCUCAGGCGUUUCUCCCUUGUCCGGUCCCCAUGCCACGUAAAAACUGCUUGGUGGGUGGCGGGCACGUCCCCUCUGGCCUUCAAAGCAGUGACGGGUGGGCACAGGGCUGCCUGGGCCCAGGCCAUUGUCCUGGAAGGCACGCACUCCUCCCCAGGUCCCUCUGCCGCCUCCGAGCCCCUCCGGCUGGGUAGUGCCGUACCUCACUGGGUGCCCCCCAGGUUGGCCCCUGGACGCUCCCAGAGGACAGCUGGCUCUCUGGGCCCUGGAGGUGCCCGGCACAGGCACGGGACACCCUGGCCACUAGCUCUCUGGCCUCGCCUCUCUGCUGAGGGCUGUCCUGGGGGACAUGCCUCUCCUGGCCUGGGCGUCGUCUGGCUGGCCCAGUCUGGAGUCUGGCUGGUGGCCCUGGAGUGACAGGGCUGGGAGGGGAAAGGCCCUGAGAAGGCCAGGUGGUGCCCAGGAGGCAGCGGGAUCCCAGCCAGGAGCCCAGAGGAAGUGAGGCGAGCGUGUGGUGGGGACGGGCUUUCCUCAGCAAGGGUGACGCAGCGCUUUGCCUGUGCACGCGGGUUGGGCACAUGGGACUUGUAUGGCCUCCGUGCUCCUCCACGUGGAGACUUGGAGACUCAGCAACACAGGAUGCGGAUGUGGCUGCCGGGCUGGCCGCUCGCAGAGCCCCUAUCACGGCGCCCCAGAGUUCAGCUGGCCCAGAAUGCUGUCUCUGCCCCCAGAGGAGCCUGCUGCCAGCUGCCGGGGAGCCCCUCUCCUGACUGCCUGGUCCCUUUGCCUUUGGGCCUUUGCACUCUGGGUGGUGGCCUGGCCCUGACAUUCAGCCUCAGACAUGGCCCCGCCUAGCCCUGUACCCACCAAGCUUGUGCCCAAACUGCCCAGGCACGUGCAUCGGAGCAGCCGUGGGUGGUGGCCCGUCCCCGUCAUGUGCCUCUAGUACCUGCAUCCCUCAGGUCUGCGUCCCCGGCGGCGGGGGGGGGGGACUUGGCUUCUGCUUUGUGGACUCCACCGGUCGACAGGGACUGUCUGUAAGCUGUGGUUCGGGUGAACGUGUCCUCUGUGUAUCCGUGAGUCUGUGUGCCCGGAGGGGUGGUGUGGGCUCUGCGCCCCCCUCCCUCGUGUGUAACUUAUCACCUGAAGGUGACCGUAAUUUAUAUCUGGGACAAAUAUAGUCUGGGCAUCCUGUC